GGAGCGCUUUUGUUGAAGUCCGGCGGAGCUGAUGCGAGUCUUCACAGCGCCGCAGUGAUUCUCGGCUCACUUUAAGCGAUGCGUUGGAGCUAACUGCGCUGUGCCGCGAGAAAAAGACAAAAGCUUUCCCUUCAGUUUUUGUUUUUUUAGUUAGUUUUUUAUUACUGAUAAGCCCCCCGCCCCGUCUUACUGUGGAUAAGGAGUUGGAGGUGAAGCUGCAUUCCAGCGGGGCUCUGGAUUAUACUUUCCCAAGAGCGUUGGGCUGUCGUCAUCAUGUUCCUCUACAUCGUAUGCUUCCUACUGGCCUCUGAAGUGGUGUUCUCCACUGACUGCCCAGAAUCAUGUUCCUGCAACGCCCCAAACUCAGUGUUUUGUGUCUACAGGCGGUCCAGCACUGUACCCCGUGUCCCCAUCUCCACCCAGCAUCUAUACAUCUUUCAGAACGACAUUGAAAUCUUGGCCCAAGAUGACUUCAAAGACAUUGUCGAGUUGGAGUCACUGGACCUGAGCCAGAAUAAGUUAGCGGAAAUUCCUGACAUGGCUUUUAAGUCACUGUCUAAAUUGAAGAACUUAGACCUUUCUGCUAACCACAUAACUCACAUUUCCAAAGACAGCUUCUCUGGGUUGGGCCAGUUAGAGAGGCUGUAUCUCCAUGGAAACCUCAUUCAGAACAUUCAUUGGGAAGCUUUUGAAGGUUUAGAGAUGCUGUUGGAGUUGAAGCUGCAAAAAAACGGGCUCACCUCCCUGCCUUUUCUCAAUUUCCCCAGGCUACUUCUUUUAGACCUAAGUGACAAUAAACUCCCGUCUUUGGAACAUUCACAUCUUCAUACUCCCCAUCUAGAAGCCCUGAAAUUGUCCUCAUUAGGGCUACCGUCACUGGAUGAAAAUCUUGUAGCCUCCCUGAGAAACCUUCAUGAACUUGACUUGUCAAUGAAUCAGUUUAAGGAAGUCCCUCAAGCCCUGAAGCAGGAAUCUCUCAAGGGGCUUACGAAACUAAGCCUGGCUGCUAACCCACUUUUUGAGCUGAGGGUGAGUGACUUUCAGCAACUGGUUGCACUUCAAGAACUGGAUCUAAGCGGAGUUAAUCUCCAGGGAUUUCCUGAAGGUUUUUUUGAAAGCUUCUCAAAGUUGACACAACUGACCAUAGCCGAGAACCCCUUCAACUGUCUCUGUCCACUAGCCUGGUUCCCUGUCUGGCUAAAAGAGAAGGAAGUCAAUUUGAAGCGACCAGAGGAAACCAGAUGCCAUUUUCCUCUCGUUAAUGCUGGGAAGACACUUUCGGCAUUAGAGCACAACGACUUUGGAUGUCCACUAACCACAAUAAAAUCUGUUGGCUCCCCUGUAGAAAACACCCCAGUUCCCCAAAUCCCUACCACAUCUCCAGAAACCGCCCAUACUAAUGCUAUUCCUCCCCCUCUACCACCUAGUGAUGAGACGUUUUCCUUCAUAACAGACGACCCAUCUUUCGGAUCAGACCCUCCAAUGUCUCCUAGCUCUACUGUUGUGGAAAAUGAGUUACAUUUCUGCCCACAAAACAUCUGCUUGAAUGGAGGGACUUGCUAUUUUGACCCAAAUGGCCUACUCAACUGUUUAUGCUCUUCGGGAUCAUCUGGAGAUUACUGUGAAAUUCUCGAGGUCCCGCAGAAAUCAGAAACAGAGGUCUCUGUGGUGACUUCAGCAUUGCCAGAUAAACUAGAUGCGAUCAGCUCACGGGAGGUGACAUCCACAUCAAUACUCCUUGACCUGCACCACUUCAUCGAGACACGGCCUAACAUUCGUGGCAUCAGGCUAACCUACCGUAACCUCUCAGGCCCCGACCGUCGCCCUCACAUGCUGAGUUUGCCAACAUACUACCCUGUAUACACUUUACGUGGUUUGAACCCAAACUGUACCUACUUGGUCUGUGUCAGUCCCCUUGGAGAAAAGAUAAUUUACAAAGGUAACAGCUCUGUAGAACUGGGUCCCUGUACAGAGGCUCGCACUAGUCCUACUAUCUUUGUAGAACAUUUGGUAGAUCCAGACACCCCUAUAACAAAGAAUCUCAUUGCAGCGCUGGCGGUCCUAGCAUUAGUCCUGGUGUUGGUUUUGGUGGCUGGUACAAUCAUAUGUGUACAGAAGAAAAGGCAGGCAAAUUCAGAAAUGCAGCUAGAGCUGGGCUCAACGGAUCCUGAGGCAAUAGACUUGGAGGGUAAAAAGGUUCAUCUAGAGAACGGAGUCAAUGGUACACUACCUCUCAAACAGCCCGAGGCAGAUCGUUGCCAGACCCCACAACUCCCUCCAUCACUGCAACAAAAUGGAAGCCUGGACUAUGAAGCACCCUUGAUGCAAGGACACUGUCCAUCAAAUAACAAUCAAGCAGCACUGAAGCCGUCUUAUUUCUAACGCUAAGCAGAAUUUCCAUUGGGACUUUCUGAACCUGCUAUAUCUCUCUUAGUUUUUUUUGUACCCAUAUCGGAUGUCCACUAUUGGAGAUAGGGCACUUACUGUCCUUUGUUGUGCACAUGAUGAAAUAACGUACCAGAUUAUAUAUUUAAGAGACUCAAAACAAUGGGAUUUCAGAUCACAGCAUAUUAAAAAUGUGCUUAACCACUAUGGGACAAUGAAGAAGACGUGAUUGAAAUUCAGUGAAUGGAGGGUGGCAAUGGAACAUUUAAUCCAAUCAAUAAAUCAAGUGCAAUCAAUUAGAACGGUCUUUGUAGUGGACAGUGCCUGCUAGCAGUGACCUACUAUAACUCUGUACUUUUUUUCUUUGCUUAAAAGAAAGAGAAAGACUUUAAUCUUGUUGCUGGAUAUGGGAAUACUGAAACUGAAAAAGUGCCUUGAACUGGAGAAGUGCCAGAGUUUUAAAGACAUGAAGACUUUUGAAUCAUAAGUUUUAAUGUUAAUGGACUUUCAAGUACCUGCAAGGGAUUGGGAAAAAAAAGUUGCACUGAAAACUGCAUUUGUUUCUUUUGUGAUGACUGCUACAAAGCGAAGAUUUGGAGAAGCAACAACAAGGUUAUGUUCGGAAACUUUGCAAAUUGUUACAGACUAUAACCGCUGUUCAAAAUCUGGAUUCAAGUAUUGACAUUGUCUAAUGUAAGGACAAAACAAAUCUCGCAAACACAGAUUUGGGAUUCUGCAGUUUCUCCAGAACCACCACAGUUUCCUACAUGGCUUCUCUGGAAUUAAAUUUACUGUGAAAAUUAAGUAAAAUGGAGUUUAUUUGUAUUAUUCUGUGCCGUUACAGAGAGACUGUUUUACCACUUGGCUUUCUGCAUUUUUUGUAAAUUUUACUGUGUUUUUUGUUAAUAGUCAUUUAGUAUUAAUAUUGUUGAGAGAUGAAGCAAUGGUUGUUUCUGCUCAAAGGGCAUAAUGUCAUUAUGUCUCAUCAUGUCAACGUUUCCUCUUUAUCUUUGUUCAGCUCAAGAUACCUUCACCAAAUUCUGUGUCCAGAAUCAAGGAAAUCUGUUCUUGAAAAACAAAGAACAGAAAAAUAAUCAUGUUAAGUUUGAAACAGAAAACUUGGACUACAAUGCAUGAUGCAAUGUACAUCCAAGAGAAAAAUCAAAUCAAAUCAAAUCAAAUUUUAUUUGUAUAGCACAUUUCAGCAGCAAGGCAUUUCAAAGUGCUUUACAUCAAAUCAAACACAAAAACACAAUGCAACAUAGAAUCAACAAUAAAAACAAUAUCAAGUCAGAUUCCAUCAAUAAAUUUGUAAUUGAUUACGUUUCAAAUACAACUCUAAACAAGUGGGUUUUUAGUUGAGAUUUAAAGGAAGUCAGUGUUUCAGCUGGUUUACAGUUUUCUGGAAGUUUGUUCCAAAUUUGUGGUGAAUAGAUGCUGAAUGCUGCUUCUCCUCAUUUGGUUCUGGUUCUGGGGAUGCAGAGCAGAACCAGAACCAGAAGACCUGAUAAGCAACCAAGUAGGUACAGUUUGGGUUCAAAUGUUCCCGGCUCAAAUAAAAGUUUAUCAAAAAGAUUUAUAAGGUAAUUUAUCCAGUGAAGGGAUAAAUUACUGGAGAAAUCUGGUAACUUAAAAACUUCACAUAGAGUGAAUGUGAGUUUUUAUAAAUGGUGGGUCAAAUUAUUGUAGGAGAGUUACUCUAGUGACUCUAGUGACCCCUGGCGUUGCGUUUCCAGCGAACCCCAAUGAAGAAGGGUCUAAAAAAAUGGGCUGUCAAAGCAUAACCAUUACAAGUAGAAAACCUUCAUCACCAUGUAGAGCCAAGCUGAUUCAUGCUGAGUAGGCAUUGGUGAAGAGAGGCCAUUAUCCAUAACAUUGUUUUUGACCAUAUAAUGUAGUUUUACACUCAUACAAGACGUGGUGGAUGGAUACAAAGGUAAAACAUUGGUAUAAAAUCAGAUUCUAGUUGUAAUAAAACUCACUCCUUCAUUUGCCUCAAACAUGGAGGAAGACGAGUUACAUCAGAAGCUAACUACUGUGGAAAAACAGCAGAAGGACCAUUUACAAAGAUCAGAAAUUGAUUGAACACUUUAGAUGUUUUGUAGCAGCAGGGUACAACAAACGUAAAAAAAAAAAAAAACUGUUGUAAAAUGACACUGAUAAACUUUCAUGGCAUUAACUCUGUUGUGUCUUUAUCCCUCUUUCCAAAUCCAAAAUUUUAGUCCAGAUUGUUUUAUAAUCCAAAAGAGAAACUAUUUUGAAUGUGGGGUGAAACAGACCUGUUGUCGUUUAGACCUGUGGUAGCUGACCCAUACUUUCAGCAUAGAUUAUAGUUCUUAUCAGGAGUACGUCAUAUUUCCAAGUCAAUUAGGCACUAUCACAUUCAAUUAACAUAUUCCCAUUACAUAAAUCUUUUUAUUGUAAAGUAACUGUCUUCCUGUGUACACCAGUACUGCACCAGGUGGUCACUUCCUGUUUUAAGAACAAUAAUAGCUUUUUGCAUCAAAAGAAACGGUAAAAUUACUUAUCUCCUGGAAAAGCAAUGAUUUGUGUUUAUAUUUUCAAUCAUUACCAUACAGUUUGUUUUUUGGGUUUUUUGCUCAGAAAUCUGCCCUUUAAAAAAAAGAUGUAUCGUCAUGGUUAUUUUUACUGUUUGUCAUUUUAGUUAACAUCACUUAAACGUUUCCUAAGUUACAGUUUGUGUAACGAUAAAUACCAGUCUAAUUCUCUCGAGACCUUAUCAAAGCACACCGAAGCAAUAAAAUACAAACUAAAAUAUGCACAUAAACAUCCAAAGUUAAUACAGAAAUAGAAUUGUAAUUAAUACUAUUAAUAUUUUUCUAUUGAAGAUGUACAACAUGUUCAGCUCAAAAUAAUGUUUGUGUUUGUUCUCCAUAACAGAGUAACAACAAUAACAACCCCGACACAGCAAGAGUAGAUUUCUGUGACGUGCAGCAAGACUGACCAAUAAAAAAUAAUGAGAGCAAUUAUGUGUUUUUAAAGCGAUGUCAUUGUGAAAACGUUGAAGAGUCACGUUGUGAUUUUGUACACAUCUAAAAGGUUUUUAUUUCGCCCCAGGCCACAGUGUAUAAACUGGAUAAACUGAAACGUCAACUUUAUUGGAGUUAUAUUUGUAUUACUUUUUAAAAGUUUUGUCUAUUUGUUCAUUUUUCUGUAGUUUCGUCUUCCCGUUUUCUUUUAAACAGUUUUACAAAAUUUGUAACUGGAAGAUUGUCCAUAUUUCUUUGGCCAGUGAAAAUAGCAGGUUCUGUUUGUAAUAUUUUUUUUACACAUGCUUUUUAACACUACCUUCCCAGUUUGUUUAGGGAAACUUGUCUUUUCUUAUUGUUGUCUUCUUUGUUUGUUAGUUUCACUUGUAGCAUUUCUGUAUAUAUUUUACCAAUGCUGAGAACAGAACAGUAUUAAAAUGACUUAUUAUUGUUAUCAUC